UGUUCGGACCCGCCAGCUCCCGGAGCCGCUCUGCCCCGCGCCCUAGCCCGCGCCUGUAGCCCGCCCAGGCGGAGUCAGCCCGCGCUCCGCCCGCCGCGAUCCGGGCUCGGAGGUUCGGACUCCGGGCUCGCCGCCCCCCGGGCCGGCUCCGCGCCCCUCAUUCCCGGCGCCCAGCGCCCCGGCGGGCGGAGCGCACCAUGCCGCAGCUGGACUCCGGCGGGGGCGGCGCGGGCGGCGGCGACGACCUCGGCGCGCCGGACGAGCUGCUGGCCUUCCAGGAUGAGGGCGAGGAGCAGGACGACAAGAACCGCGACAGCGCCGCGGGUCCCGAGCGCGACCUGGCGGAGCUCAAGUCGUCGCUCGUGAACGAGUCGGAGGGCGCGGCCGGCGGCGCGGGGAUCCCGGGGGUCCCGGGGACCGGCGCCGGGACCGGCGGCGAGGCCGAGGUCGGGGCCGAGGCUCUCGGGCGGGAGCACGCUGCGCAGAGACUCUUCCCGAACAAACUUCCAGAGCCCCUGGAGGACGGCCUGAAGGCCCCGGAGUGCGCCAGCGGCAUGUACAAAGAGACCGUCUACUCCGCCUUCAAUCUGCUCAUGCACUACCCACCCGCCUCGGGAGCAGGGCAGCACCCCCAGCCGCAGCCCCCGCUGCACAAGGCCAGUCAGCCUGCCCAUGGUGUCCCCCAACUCUCUCCUCUCUACGAACAUUUCAACAGCCCACACCCCACCCCUGCACCUGUGGACAUCAGCCAGAAGCAAGUUCCUAGGCCUCUGCAGACCCCUGACCUCUCUGGCUUCUACUCCCUGACCUCAGGCAGCAUGGGACAGCUCCCCCACACUGUGAGCUGGUUCACCCACCCAUCCUUGAUGCUCGGCUCUGGUGUACCUGGUCACCCAGCAGCCAUCCCCCACCCCACCAUUGUGCCCCCCUCAGGGAAGCAGGAGCUGCAGCCCUACGACCGCAACCUGAAGACACAAGCAGAGUCCAAGGCAGAGAAGGAGGUCAAGAAGCCAACCAUCAAGAAGCCCCUCAAUGCUUUCAUGCUGUACAUGAAGGAGAUGAGAGCCAAGGUCAUCGCAGAGUGCACACUUAAGGAGAGCGCUGCCAUCAACCAGAUCCUGGGCCGCAGGUGGCACGCAUUGUCGCGAGAAGAGCAGGCCAAGUACUAUGAGCUGGCCCGCAAGGAGAGGCAGCUGCACAUGCAGCUUUACCCAGGCUGGUCGGCGCGGGACAACUAUGGGAAGAAGAAGAGGCGGUCGAGGGAAAAGCACCAAGAAUCCACCACAGACCCUGGCUCGCCUAAGAAAUGCCGUGCUCGCUUUGGCCUCAACCAGCAGACGGAUUGGUGUGGUCCGUGCAGGAGGAAAAAGAAAUGCAUUCGGUACUUACCCGGAGAAGGCCGCUACCCCAGCCCCGUUCCUUCCGAUGACAGUGCUCUAGGCUGCCCCGGGUCCCCAGCUCCCCAGGACUCACCCUCAUACCAUCUGCUGCCCCACUUUCCCACAGAACUGCUUGCUAGCCCUGCGGAGCGGCACCUACAUCCCCAGAUCUCUCCACUGCUCUCAGCCUCCCAGCCCCAGGGCCCCCACAGGCCCCCCGCAGCGCCUUGCAGAGUACACAGGUACAGCAACAGGAAUCUCAGAGACAGGCAGCCUAGCAGGUACAGGACAACUGGCCUCCUCCAGGAGCCUAUUCCUGAGAGGAAGCAACAGAGACCCAGAUUGCAUGGAAAUCAGCCAGGGGUCCUGUUAACUCCAUCUCAGGGUCCAGACCCUGAAGAUUUCAGAGGCUGCACAACUUCUGCCUGAACCUGAUGCCAUCGAUUCAAACUGCUCCAAGUGGUGGGAAUCAGAUCUGUGUUGAUGUGUCACCUAAUUAAGGGCAUAUCUUGUAGCUAUGGCUGCCUGCAUCUGUUCUUUUUACCAUCUGUCUUGCCAGCCAGAAGCCUCUGCCUCCCUAGCUUUUCUGCUAUAGGUCAGAGAUGGGCUGAACUGAGCCUAGCUACCUUCUCUACCCAUCUCCCCUAGCCCCCACUGCCACACCCUCCCCAUACAGAUACUUCAUGGACCAAGAAUGAGCUGGUUUAUCAAACAACAUGUGCGAAUGGUCACAAACACAAAGCUCAAGAUGACAACCCUUCUCUUUUAAGGAAAUGAAGAAGCUCUAUAAAAAACCAGCUGCUACGCAUAAGUUGGACCAGAGGAAGCUUCUGUAUUCUCAGGAGCUUGCAAGAAGCAGGGGUGGGAAGGGGAAUUUAAUAGGUUAAGUUUAGGCCUAUCAACCUAAGCAACAGAAAUAACCUGACACUACCUUCUCAGGCAAGUUGGGGAGCGGAGGAUAUAAUCUGGUUGUAGUUCAAAUUACUUUGAAAUGUUUCCUGAGAAACUCACUAGCCUAAGAAGCUCUGAUACCAAGGUCCCAGGCUUGUCACCAGCAGCUACAAUCAACAGUUCAGAGAAGUCAUGGCCCAAAUUCAGUGUGCACCCCUCCCCAUUCACAGAGCCUUUUUCACAAUUCUAUUUCCAGUUCAUCCAUGGCAGUCCAGCCAGCUCCUGGACAGCUGUGAGGCAAACCCAAAACCUCACAUCAGCCAGAGCCUGUCUUCCAGCAUUCAGUCCAGGCCAGCUGCAGUUUCCCCAUGGGGCUGCAGGACAGAGGACCAUUACAGCUAAAUCAAGGAGCCCAGAAAACCUCCAGUGGUGGACAACAGGUCUUCACCACAGCCUACUUUAACUCAUUUUUGAGCCAAGCUUCAACCCUGAGCCUUGAAAAACAAGUUUUUAAUUUUUGUUCCUUGCCUUCUCACCAUAUGUAGCCUGAAUCCAAAGAAAAAAGGGCUGGUCAGCCAGGUGUGGUGGCUUACGCCUGUAAUGCCAGUACUUUGGGAAGCCGAGGCAGGCAGAUCACCUGAGGUCAGGAGUUUGAGACCAGCCUGGCCAACAGGGUGAAACCUCAUCUCCACUAAAAAUGUAAAAAGUAGCCAGGCAUGGUGGUACGUGUCUGUCAUCCCAGCUACUCAGGAGGCUGAGGCAGGAGAAUCACUUGAACCUGGGAGGCAAAAGUUGCAGUGAGCCAAGACUGCACACCUGCCCUCUAGCCUGGGCAACAGAGGGAGAUUCCAUCUUAAAAAAAAAAAAAAAAAAAAAGGCUGUCCAUGUACUCACACACCCCUCAAAAAAAAAGCCCUUAGUUCCUACUUUAGCCACUGGUUUCUGACUCCAAAGACCACAUAUUCUAGUGUAAUACUGCAAGAAGUCUUGAGAAAAAAAGAUUAUUGUAGUGUUCAGAGUAUUUUUAUAUUGUUAAUGCAUCAUCAUAGAAAAACUUUUUUAAACAUGAGAAUAAAGACUUUUUACUGGGUUUGUUUUUCAAAGCCUGACGCUGAGGAAUAAGCUGUCUCAGUAACAAAACAUGGUAUUCUUUCCUUUUCUUCUCCAGUCAGGAAACUUGGAGUUUGUUCCCUAUGGUGCACGUUUCCAAACCUCCAACCUGCAGAAAUCAGGGAUUACACUUGUCAUUUCCCCUAAAGGGGUGUGGGCCCUGCCUGCCGCACCCCUGAGAGCUGGGCCCAUACUCCCAUUCCAAGCUUUGCUCUUAAACCCCCCAUCCUGACCCCACAAUGAUGUAGGCCAGCCUGCUCCCCAGUGCUCAUAUAAAAAUAAAUGAAUUGGAAACUGCCAACCGUACAGCCUGAAAAGACAAUCCCACCUGAAAUAGGUACACCGGACCACUAGGCUCCAUUUCCCUCUCGGGGCAGAGAGAAAACAUUCCACAAGUACAUAUCCUAUUUCAAAGAAAACAAGACCAAAUAGAAGUCUUUUUAUAACCUAUUAGCACCAUAAAACCCUAAAGGAUAUUUUAGUAGCAUCCUUUCCUCCCAACUGUAUCUGUUAAGACACAAAGUAUUUUUCAUAUUUUCACGCAAACCUUCAAGUUUGAGAAAUCUACAACCCACUUUUUAAAAAAUCAUACACACUGUUGGUGGACACUAGAGCCACCAUAUCCACUUUAUUUUUACAUUAUUUGUAUGCAUUUAGGGGGUACAAAUACAGCUGUGUUAAUGGAUAUAUUGUGUAGUGGUGAGGUACAGGCUUUUAGUGCACCCCUCACCCAAAUAGUGUACCAUGCACCUAAACAGUGUACACUGUACUCAACAGGUAGGAUUUCAUACCUCAUCCCCCUUUCAUCUCCCAGCUUUUGAAGUCUCCAAUGUCUGUUCCAUUCCGUAUAUCCCUGUGCACUUAACUGUUUGGCACCCUACAACCCACUUUUUACAUGGCAGUUUCCACGAAGUACACUGCUAUCUUCCUUAGACCUAUCAUGAAUGUAAAAGGUGUCAUGAAGGCAUCUCAAUAGGUCAACAAAUAGGUGAUAAAUGUUGGACAAGAAGCGUUUUCACAUGGGCCACCAUCUGCAUUGUCAUCAUCAUUCUACUGAGUUAUAUUUUUUGGAUUUUAUGUUUAAAGAUAUUUAUAAAGAAAGUAAUCUUCCAGAGUAGUGUCUGUCUAAAGUAGGCCACUGGACAUUGUAACCCUAGACUUGCUUCUUUCUGGGAGAGUGUUAGAGGACACUAGCCAUUCUCUGGACAUCUGUCCCAUUUUAAAGAAUUCUGUUCUGGCUACUGGCCUAGUU